UAGUAUAGUGUCAAUAAGAAAGUAAGCCAACUUCCUAAUUCCUAUGAACUGUUUUUUUUUAAAGAGAAUCCGCUAUUGAUUUAGUCUCGUUUUGUAAUUUGUUCACAAGAUCGAAGAAAACACGUUAAAAUUAAUUAAAAAGAAUCUACGAUUCUACAAACCUUUCUAAGGGCCUAAAUUGGGCCUGAAAGCCCAAGAGGCCAAGAAAAGUAUGCGCGAGUCUGUAGAUGGAAAGAGAGAAAAUAUUUGUGAGAACGAGAACUCUUGUCUCUCUCCGGCGAGUUUCUACGGUGACAGGCAAAGUCUUUCCGGCGCCUUUAGAACCUCUGAAAAAACGCUUGCUAAGAAUCUCAUCAAGAAACUAGGUAUGGUUCUAUGCAUCGUUGGUGGCACGGAGGAAAGAACAGAGUCUACUGAGAACUGCAUUACGGAGGAGGUCAAGCCUGGAAAAUUUGUCAAGAAGUGUGUAAAAACCAAGAAGAUCACCAGCAGAAGUCGUAACAGUUCUUCUGUCAAAGUCGUUCACUUCAGCACAGAGAACACAGAAGAGGAUGUUACAGGCCCGGUAAUGGAGUGGAAUGAGAAGCAAGUUCAGACAGAGGAGCGUGCGGUUUGUCGUCUUAUGUAGUUCAUGUUUUGGGUUUCCUUAGUGUUUUUAGACUCUCGAGUCUCUCUCUGUAAUCGAUUAUGAAACUAUUGCAAUCAAAAUCCAAACUAUCUGGUGAUGUCUAGAAUCUACUACUUGAAAAUUGAAACCUUGCCUUAACAUUCAUCUAUGUCUUCUACUACUGAUAAAGGAUUUAACUUGAGAAUCUCA